UCAUUGUGAUUACAGUUAUUCAUUAUGUGACAGGUUUUCAGGUGAGAUGAACGAGUUUCAAAACAAAACAGUCUGCGGUUUUGAGAAGCGAUUCCCAGGAUGUAUGUGUGUUUCAGGGGCCAUUUGCACCUUGGAAGCAUACAAUGGAAGGUCAUAGAUACUCGUGGUCAGUAUCUGUUCCACUUGGGAAGUGGGUACUUGUGGCUACCGAUGGUCCUCCUUGCGGAAAUCGUCCAGACGUUUAUUUUGGCCCUACAAACCAUAUGGAUGAUGGAAUAUACGAAGCUGUUGCAGGAAGUGACUUUGUCAUUACUAGAGUUGCAUUUCGAGACAACUCUUCAAAUGUCUACAUAAAUGACUGUGGAAGUAAUUUUACAGAGGUCACUAAGAAAUUGAAAGGAAAGGGAGUGGACUUGGACAACAAUCGAUUUUUGAUUCUUCAGGGUAAAGUCGAGCAAAUUGCUCUAAUGAAGCCAAAGAUUUGUAUUUUCAGCAUUAUUAUAAUUGUAAUUGAUUGAAUGAAGGAUUGUAAUUGAUUGUAAUGG